AGAGUUGAAGGGGUCCGCACUUCGCCUCUUUAUUAGGCGGAGCGGGCUCGGCGGCGUCGAGGUUUGUUAGGGUUUAGAUGCAGUGAGCGAGAGGUCGGAGCGAAACCCUUGACGAUUCCGGCUCCUUUCUCUCUGAAAUCACCAUGAGUAGAUCUGGCCAGCCUCCGGAUCUCAAGAAGUAUAUGGACAAGAAGCUUCAGAUCAAGCUGAAUGCAAACCGGGUUAUUGUUGGCACUCUCCGUGGAUUUGACCAAUUCAUGAAUCUGGUGAUUGACAAUACUGUGGAGGUUAAUGGCAGUGAGAAGAAUGAUAUUGGGAUGGUGGUUAUCAGGGGGAAUAGUGUGGUUAUGAUUGAAGCAUUGGAGCCAGUCAGCAAAACAUAAUAACUAUGUAUUGCUCAUAGUUUCAUGUUUUGAAACAAAUGGCCGAGAAAUAUAUGGUUUAUGUACUUUAAUGACUUGAUGACCGUUGUCUUGUCUCUUUCUGUUCUGUAUUUUUAUGCUAAAAUGAUGUAAAUUUUACUCAUUGGUAUGGAAAGAUGGAAUCGCUCCCAGUGACUAGAUGCUUGUGAAUGUUA